AGUGGACAAGCUGGAGGCGCUGCGGAAGCAGAGGCUAGCAGAGCUGCAGGCCAAGCAUGGGGAUCCUGGUGAUGCAGCCCAACAGGAAGCAAAGCAAAGGGAAAAAGAAAUGAGAAACAGUAUCUUAGCCCAAGUUCUGGAUCAGUCAGCCCGGGCCAGGUUAAGUAACUUAGCACUUGUGAAGCCUGAAAAAACGAAAGCAGUCGAGAACUACCUUAUACUGAUGGCAUGGUACGAACAGCUAAGCGGGAAGGUGUCUGAACAAGGUUUAAUAGAAAUACUUGAGAAAGCCAGCCAACAGACAGAAAAGAAAACAACAGUUAAAUUCAACAGAAGAAAAGUGAUGGACUACGAUGAAUACGACAAUUACUAG